AAUUGCUAUAAAUGGUCCAUCUUCUCCGAUCUGAAUCUAUCAAAAAGAAAAUAACAUAACAGCAGAGUGAUCACUGAUCAGUCGCUGAAUACAGCUAAUUAACACAAGACCAUGAGGAAACAAUACCUCUCUUUUCUUCUUCUAUCUCUCUUCCUUUCUGCAGAUGCCCGUGGCGAUUCCAAUGAGUGUGUGUACACGAUGUACGUGAAAACCGGAUCCAUCAUAAAGGGAGGAACAGACGCAAACAUAACUGUCACUCUCAGUGACGCAAAGGCCCGCGAGGUUCGAGUCCCAAACCUCCGGGCCUGGGGGAUCAUGGGCCAAGGCUAUGACUACCUGGAGCGCGGCAAUCUUGACGCCUUCACCGGCCGAGGCCCAUGCAUAGACACCCCGGUCUGCCGCCUCAACCUCACCUCUGACGGCUCUGGCUCCCACCAUGGUUGGUAUUGCGACUAUGUUGAGGUAACUACCACUGGCCCCCAUAAAUCAUGCUCCCAGACCUUCUUCUACGUUGACCAGUGGCUCGCUGAUGAUGUCAGCCCCUACAAUCUCACCGCCGUCCUCGACGGAUGCCACCGUGCACAAUACGCCCGUCGUGGCAGCAGGUUCAGUGUCGGGAAUAAUGCCAAGUUAUCGUCGGCUUGAUGAGAUAGAUGCAUGAUUCAAUUCAUUGAUUCAUCGUUCUUUCUUUUUCCUUCUUUUGAUUUAUU